GUGAAAUUUAAAAUUCCGGUAUCUAAACGAACUUGAUAAAGCACGUCAUUAUAAUAUUAUUAAGACAAAGGUUUGCAAUCAUUUUGUUUGAAUAAUUAUGGGAACCGCAGGAACAAUGUCGAAUCAAGAGAAUAAUCAACAGUUAAUCGGAUGGUCCAAGAUUGUCAUGAUCAACACAGGAUUUUGGAAGCAGCCCAUUAGCGAAAGCAAAUCAGUCCAACUAUGUUUCGAAGUUUAUUCAGUUUUGGUCAAACUCGGCUAUAUUUUACUAUGGAUUCUUCUAACAGCUGAAAUUAUCAGAAUGUUUUUGAAUGAUUAUCCAGACCAAAUCAAAUUUCAAGCUCUUGGUGCUGGAUUUAGUGCCACAUUAAUGGGUAUGAAAAUGUUGAUUUACCAAAAAUAUGAUAUUAUGGAGAUGAUUAAUGAUGUAAUUGAAAAAGAAAAGGAAGUAUGGGGCUCAACAAGUGAAGAAAUCCAUAAUGUCUAUCGAGUUAAAAUUCGCGUUUGCAAAGCUUAUGUGCUGAUUAUAGGUGGAUUUUUAGCAGGUGGAUUUAGCUAUUUUCAAAUAUCAGGUGCAUUUGCCAUGGUCGAAUUGAAACACCAGAACUUAAUAAAUAAUCAGACCAUCGAGCCAAACUUUAUGUACUUAACUUUAUUUCCAAGAGACAGACUUAGUAACCUGUAUAUAACAUUUGGCUUGCAGGCAAUAUGGUCAUGGGUUGGCUAUAAUUUUGGUACCAUGACUCACGUGGUUUUUUUAACAUUACUAACCUAUUCUGCAUCACAGUUGGAAAUUUUGCAAGUGAAACUUAAAAACUUUAUAGGACCUGAUGAUUUUAUUGCCGAUGUUAGCGAUGCACAAUACAAUGAGAAAAUAUCUGUUUUAAAAAACUUAAUUGAGGAUCAUAAGUAUAUUAUCGGAUUUGUUGAACAUUUAAAUGAUUGUACAAAAUAUAUCAUACUCAUGGAAUAUUGUUUGAAUUCGCUGAAUAUAGCGUCAGUAUCUCUUAAUAUAAUAAAAAUGGAAUUAUCACUAUCAGAAAUAGUAUGGCGAUUAUCUUUUGUAAUACAACUAUGCGCUCAAGUAUUUAUAUUAGGCUGGAGUUGCAACGAAGUUAAAGUUCAAAGUGAAACUGUUGCAGACGCUUUAUAUGAUAGCAGAUGGCAUUUACUUAAUAAAGAGGGAAAGCAAUUGGUACAAAUAAUGAUAGCUCGUGCUCAAAGACCAUUAACUUUAACUAUUGGAGAUUUUGGCCCAAUGACAAAUGAUUCCUCAGUUUUGAUUGUGAAAGCUGCUUAUUCGUAUGUGAGCCUAUUCAGUUGAAAUACAUUGUAUAUUGGACAAAUAUUUUUCUUUUAAAUUGAAAUUUCCGUAGAAAUCCACUCUUUUCGGUCAGGUCAUUAGAAUUAUUAUCAAAUAGAAGCAAAUUUUAUCAAAAAUAGCAAUAACAGAGAGCACAAAUAGGUUAGGUAUAAUAUUUAGGAUUUCAUUGAGAUGAGAAAUCUCGUCUGGAAGAGAAUUUCUCGCCGAGAGUUUUUUUUUGUCAAACAAUGUAUCUAUAUUUUUUUUUUUUGUGAAACAAAUCCUGUUCAGUACUUGCCUAUUCCAACAUUGUGGACCUCACUCAUGAACUAAAUAUUCCAAUAGUAUGAGGUUUGGAGACCUAGGAGGACAUUGAGGAUCCAAACCUUUAAUUUCGAAUGUUGGUAGAAUUAUUGCUAGAGUUUUUUCACGAGUUAUAUCACGUCUAUUUGCUGAGUCCUCAUUUGAAAUGCUUAUUCUGCUUAUCAGCUUAUUAUAAAUAUAUGUAUUUUCUUAGGAUAGUUAGUCAGUUGAAAUUUAUUAUACUUAUAAUUUUUAUUGUAACGUGCUUUAGCUAGUAAUAAUUUCGAACAGUUAAUAAAGUAAAUUUUUUUAAAAACCAACCCUCGGUUGCUAACUUGUUAACUGGCGCAGUCGACAGGACGUGUUUUUUCGGGACUGUUUAUAGGUUCUUCGGUAUUCGGACUAACCGGAAAAAAACGGACCUACGUUAAUUGUUUACUGUGAGGUGUCAGAGUGAUGGCUUUCUAGAUAUCGAAACACCCAGUUCAUCAUGAACCUGUUACCUCGAAGUAAUCGGAGUUUGGAACCAAAUUGUCCAAAUCUCACAAAGACCAAGAACCAUUUGGAAGCACCAUAUCGCCAACCAAACCUCUGGGACUUAUAGCAAUGAAAUUCUUCUUAUUUAGUCUACAGUUAUCCUGAAAAGGACUUCGUCGGGUAUUGGUGGUGAGUUGAUUGAAGUACUCCCCUAGGACAUCAACCUCCAGUACGAAGAUUGAUGCAGGUUUUUUUGCGACGAACUAGGUUUGUCUGGAAGCUUUAUUUCGCGCCCGAGGGGGUUAUAACAUGGGCUCUCUCUUUUCAUUCUUCGUACCUGUAGGUAGCUCGCACCAAUAACACAAUGUGGGGCUCGUCCACUGGCCAACUAAAUUGAUCCCGAUAGUGAGGGGACCCACUCCACUGUGUUACCAGCCUAAUACGCGGUCCUGAAUACCGGGUACAUGUCACAGUAUUACUGUUGUACAAGGGAGGUGAGAGCUGUCCUUGUCUCCAACGUGGAAAACGGGGCAGGCAGGUGAGUUGAAGACUCGAUCACUGUCUGAGAAGAACUGACUGCUUUGGCCUGAAAAUGGCUCUUUUUAUAUGUUUGGCCGAUGCCCUCAACAAGCUCCGCCCACAACGAAAAACAGCCAAUGGCCUGCAACGCAACAAAAUAUACAACUGUAUUCUAAAAAUAUCAGAUCAUUUGAAUUUGAAUAUAGUUUAAGAAAUACAAUCCCGCUAAGGAAAGGGAAGGAAAUGUUAUCAUUUUUAAUUUUUUUUUUCGCAGCACUAUAUCCUAACAUUCCGACUUCUACUAUGAAGUUAGGGCGUUCUAAAUCAUUAUUUAUCCGUAUUCCUAACGGAAAACAGUAAGAAAAAUGUAUAAAAUGAAACAACUACCCAAUUAAUAUUUAAAUACAAUAUAUUUAAACUAAAUAAACUACAAUUAUUACAGUAGUUACAAAAAGUGCAUAAUUUGGCAAUAUAAACAUUCCUCCAGUAUUACCAACCUUAAUAAAUGGAUAGAAAAAGUCAUGUGGCAACCGUACUUCAAAAUUAGGAGCAUCGACAAACUUUUUCACUUUUUUUCUAGUAAAAUCGUAAAAACUGACUCGGCUAGUCACUUCUAGUAAUAAAUUUUUGCACAAAACAUCAAAAGUCUGAUUAAAAUAAUCGUUAAAACCAAAAUUCACUCCUAAAAUCUUAUUUUGGUUCAAAACGCUCUUUAAAUCUAGUCUAGAAUAAAAUAUUUCUAUAUCAAUUAAUCUAGAUAAAUUGUAACAAACUAAAGUGGUAUUUUUAUUAUUCAAAAAUUUACCCUGUAUAUUAUUAAGGAGUAAAUUAGGUUUCAUUUCAUAGGAAACUUCAUUCCAAUUAUCUGGCAAAGCGUUACCAAAAGUACCAAAUAUUAAAGAGUGAUUUUUCUGAGUUGGAAUAUUCCAUAAAUCAAAUAUAACAUUCUUUUGAAUAUCUUUGCAUAUUUCUGAUGCAUUAUUUUUUAUGUUUUUUAAACUUUUCCCAAUUGUAAUUGAGCAUUUUGUUAUUAGAUUAUAACCAAACUCUAUUGGAGUAUAAAACGUCUGAUUCUUAACACAUGUUCCAUCAAUAUUUUUGGGAACAACCAAAAAAUUGUCUAUAAACUCACUAGAGUUUCUUUGCAUAGUUCCAUUAAACAAUUUUAUUCCUUUUAGAAUGGGUUUUCCAAAAAUAUAGCCCGGAUUUCCACUAAAUAUUUUCGAAUAGUUAUGCUUAGUGUGAUUUAUCCAUAAAAAUUCCAUCAAAAAGUCUUGAGAAAAUUGAUAACCGCUGCCGGAGUGAUAACUGAAAUUACUUAAAGCGCCCAAAACUUCAAUUCUAUGUAAAUGAGUGGCGUUAUGGUAAAAUUUGUAAUAGAUUUUUCUUAUGGCGUUUUGGCAGUUGUUUAAGUUGUUUGUUAAAUUGAAAGAGCAUUGAAAUUUAAUGUUUGUGUUUGGUUCCAGUCGAGAGCAUUUAGUUAAAUGAAUGUCGCAAAGUUUUGGUUCUAUUUCGAUGCAGAUGUUCUUU